GUGUAGAGACAGGAUUACACACAGAGCAGAAACGUGUGUGCGUGUGUGUGUGUGUAGCGAGACAGACUACACGCAUGGUAUAGUGUGUAUAGCGUGUGUGUGUGCCUGUGUGUGCGUUCAUAUAGUGUAUGUGUGUGCGCGUGUAUAUAUAGUGUGUGUAGUGUGUGGUAAGUGUGUUUGUGUGUAGUGUGUGUGUGUGUGGUGCGCGCGUGUGGAUCAUGGCGGUUCUCCCGCAGCUGAUAAAGGUGGGGGUUUCUCUCAGAACAAGCCCCAAUAACGGGCCGGUGUUCUUUAAGACGGACGGGACGCGGUUCGGGCAGAGCCGGACUAUUAAACUGCUGACCGGAACCAAGUACAAGAUCGAUGUUGUGAUUAAACCCGGCGCGGUGGAGGCGAGGUCCAUGACCAUUGGUGGAGUAACGUUUCCACUGGAUCAGCAGUCUAAAGACCCCCAGUCUGUGAUGUACUCAGGGAUGUAUGAUACUGAAGGAGUGGCCCACACCAAAAGUGGGGAGAGGCAACCUGUUCAGGUCAGCAUACAGUUCAGUGAUGCUGGUCUGUUUGAGACGGUGUGGCAGGUGAAAUUCUACAACUACAAUAAGAGAGAUCACUGCCAGUGGGGGAACAGCUUCAACAGCAUUGAGUACGAGUGUAAACCCAACGAGACUCGCACCCUCAUGUGGAUCAAUAAAGAGGUGUUCCUGUAAGGAGAUGGUCUUCGGCUGUGUGAUGAAAAAAGGAUCCAGAGACCUGUUGACAGACAGCUCUAUCUGGACUCAUAUCAGCGCAUAUCAGUGAUAACGUGAACAUGAAACCUAAUGAUUCCUGUGUAAGCAUUGCCCCGUCUGAAAGUGUUCUGGUCCUGUAUUAUGAGGUUGGUAAUUGUUUAUAACCGUUCAGACAAUUAAAAAGGGAAACAUAAACUGUUGUAUUUUUACUCCAGGCACUUUACCCACUGUACUGUUGUUUUCAUGUUUGUCCAUCUUGUUUCUAAUUCUCUACCUCUGAGGAGUCGCCUCAAAUUCCAGUUAAGUGCCAAUCAGGGACCUCAUGUUCUAAAGUUGCGUACGUACAAAAACAUUGCGUAGGCCAUGUUUCACGCUCAUGGUCAGAUGUACUAAAUGUGACUUGAACGUGAGAGUGUGCUUUCCCCCAUGCCAGUUUCAUUUCAGGCGUAUGGACAUUUCUAAUGUUUUUUUGUCAGUUAGAGGCACUUGAUCGAAUUCGUCGAGAGUGCAUUUUCCUUGACCAUUAGAAUUUUUUCCUCAAAGAUGAUGACUAGCUAAUGAGAAGCUGUUUCAGAUUUUCAACACAAACUUUGCGCUGAGUUGGCCCCAGUUUUAGAGAGUGAGACAGCGAGGUGCCUUGAAGAAGCUUGGGUUCCUGGUAACAGGUCCAUUCCAGUGGGAACUGGCAAACCGGUCGGGAUGUCCUCGUCUUCUUUGAGCCGCAUCAUUUCAUUCCAUACGAGAUCUUCCAGAUGUCAGCUCAGUAUAUUAGCUUCCCAUGCCAUGUGGUUGACUAGACAAACAAGGAAUUCGCUUAUGUGAAUUAUGCAAUUGAUAAAGUUCCUUUUCUUUGCCUUUUUUCUUAAUACAAGUAUUCUAAAGACUACUGUAUACUAAAAUGCAUAGUAUAAUAUGCCUAAUUAAGGGAGGGGCAUGGCAGAGGGAUGUGCUCAUUGGCUCAGUUUAAAGUUGAUUACUAUGUACUAAAAGAGUAAGUGUGGGAUUCUGCUUGCGUACAUUUUGACACAUCUGGAUUUUUUUGUGCAUAUGCAAUAUUUUAGUAGAAAGUUUGAGUACAUGAGGCCCCUGGUGUUCUUGGCACAUGCCAUCAAUCAGAUUAACCUGCAGAGCGCUGAAAAAAAACGAGGUUUACUUCCUGUGUGUUUACAAUUUUUAUGUAAUAUGUGACAAUCCUGUAAAUGUUUACAUGUAUAAUGGACAUUUGAGUAUAGAUUAACAUCCCUUACUUUUUAAGAUGAGUAUUUUUAAAUAUCUUGUACACUGAUUAUAAGAGAUUAGGAUACUGUUUUCCUGUUAGGUAUAUUGUGUUUUUCAAAACUGUGUAAUAUGUAAAAUAGCCCUUA